CAAACUUGCACUUGCUGUUGCUGGCGUUUGUUUUUUUUUCGGUGGAGUUAUAAACGUUACCAACCACCAUAGAGACAACGAACGGAAACACAAUUGGGAAAAAUGUGUUCAAAAACACAAUUUUGUUUUUUAAAUUUACGCACAUAUUUAAUAUAUUUAUGCUGUUAUUUACUCAUCAUGGUAGCAGCUGGUUCCCGGGUGGUCAAUGGUUUGAAAUGUUACUGUAAUCCAAAGGAAUGUGAUGUUAUACGUGCACUGGAUUGUCCGGGCAAGGGUUUAAUGCUGUGGGAUCCAUGCAAAUGUUGUCGUAUAUGCGCCAAAACAUUAGGUGAAACCUGCGGUGGACCUGGUGAUUUUUCGGGACAAUGUGAACCACCACUUAAAUGUGUAACAAAAUUACCCAUAUCAAGUGGUUUAGGUGUUUGUAUGGAUUUACCCUUCUCAUCGGCAUCUUCAACAUAUCAUUUACAUACAAAUUGUACAAAAUCAGAGACAAUACGAGUAGAAUCGGGUUGCGAAAUCACCAAUAAACGCUGUCAGUGUUGGCCCACACUGAAAGUGUGUCGCAAUCAAUUGGAUACGGGUGUGGGGACGACGGAUAUACGAUGGCAUUUUAAAACGUUAGAGGACUGCCAAUUAAAUUUACAAAAUUUAAUAAAACUUGAAAUGGAAUUUGAUGAGGACUACACAAUCUCACCGAGCACUUUUACAUAUAAAAAGCUGAGAAGAAGGAGGAAACGAUCAUUAAGUAGAAAAAGCAAAUUUAUUCUACACUAAUGCUUUUGGGGUUUACAAAGCAUUUGCCAUGAAGCUUUUGUUAUAAACAUAAAUAAAAUAAGCAGAAAAUGACCACCACCCAUUCCUAAAUAAAUGAAGCCG